UAUCCAUCAGUAAAAAUGCGUGAGUGUAUCUCCAUCCACGUGGGUCAGGCUGGCGUCCAGAUUGGCAAUGCCUGCUGGGAGCUCUACUGUCUGGAGCACGGGAUCCAGCCGGACGGUCAGAUGCCCAGUGACAAGACCAUUGGAGGAGGAGACGACUCCUUCAACACCUUCUUCAGUGAGACUGGAGCUGGCAAGCACGUCCCCAGGGCUGUGUUUGUGGAUCUGGAGCCCACUGUCAUCGAUGAGGUGCGUUCUGGAACUUACCGCCAGCUCUUCCACCCUGAGCAGCUGAUCACUGGGAAGGAGGAUGCAGCCAACAACUACGCCCGUGGGCAUUACACCGUCGGCAAAGAGAUUAUUGACUUGGUUCUGGACAGGACCCGCAAACUGGCUGACCAGUGCACUGGCCUCCAGGGCUUCCUGGUCUUCCACAGCUUCGGAGGUGGCACCGGUUCUGGUUUCACCUCCCUGUUGAUGGAGCGCUUGUCUGUUGACUACGGCAAGAAGUCCAAGCUUGAGUUCUCCAUUUAUCCAGCUCCUCAGGUGUCCACAGCCGUUGUUGAGCCCUACAACGCCAUCCUGACCACCCACACCACCCUGGAGCACUCUGAUUGUGCUUUCAUGGUAGACAAUGAGGCCAUCUAUGACAUCUGCCGUAGGAACCUUGAUAUCGAGCGUCCCUCCUACACUAAUCUUAACAGGUUGAUCAGUCAGAUUGUGUCCUCCAUCACUGCUUCCCUCCGAUUUGAUGGUGCCCUCAAUGUUGAUCUGACAGAGUUCCAGACCAACUUGGUGCCCUACCCCCGUAUCCACUUCCCCCUGGCCACCUAUGCCCCAGUGAUCUCGGCAGAGAAGGCUUACCAUGAGCAGCUUUCUGUGUCUGAGAUCACAAAUGCUUGCUUUGAGCCAUGUAAUCAGAUGGUGAAAUGUGACCCACGUCACGGCAAGUACAUGGCCUGCUGUCUGCUGUACCGUGGCGACGUUGUGCCCAAAGAUGUCAAUGCUGCCAUUGCCACCAUCAAAACAAAACGCUCCAUCCAGUUUGUAGACUGGUGCCCAACUGGUUUCAAGGUUGGUAUCAACUACCAGCCCCCAACUGUGGUACCUGGUGGAGAUCUGGCCAAGGUCCAGAGGGCAGUGUGCAUGCUUAGCAACACCACUGCAGUGGCAGAGGCCUGGGCCCGUCUUGACCACAAGUUUGAUCUGAUGUACGCCAAGCGUGCUUUUGUGCACUGGUACGUAGGUGAGGGUAUGGAGGAGGGAGAGUUCUCUGAGGCCAGGGAGGACAUGGCUGCCCUGGAGAAAGAUUAUGAAGAGGUGGGCGUCGACUCCAUUGAGGGAGAGGAGGAGGGAGAGGAGUAUUAAAGUGAAUUAAUUCGCCCUAGUCAAAUCACAAGCAAGCUUAUCACUGGUUACAAGUUAAUAUGGCUCAGCUUUCCUUAUUAGUGUUGGAAAUUGCUAGCAAGCACUGUCACACAUCAUAAAUUGGGCGGCAGGUAGCCUAGCGAUUAAGAGCGACCAGGUGAAAGAAAAUGUGUCAAUGUGCCCUUGAGCAAGGCACUUAGCCCUAAUUGCUCUGGAAAAUAGAGUCUGCUAAGUGACUAAAAUGGAAAUGCCAUGAUGUCCGUUUGCACCGAAAAUGGUUAAGGAAAUGUGCAGGAGAUGUGCUGUAGUUGUGUUCAGGGAAUGUUAUGGUGAUCCAAUGGUUUUACUUUUUACAGUUUUACACUGCAACUUUCUGUCCUCUUCUGACUUUGAUAUAUAAUAAAUUACUUAAUUUUUAAAAACAUUUUCAACAAAAUUCAAUGGAUCUUCAUCAGCUUCACUCACCAGGACUUAUCACAGUAUUU